AUGAAGCUGAAGGACGUGGAAUUCGCACCCCUGUGCGUGCCAUUCAAGCGGAGGCUCGAGACGCUCGCGGCUGCCGGAUGGAUUUACUUGGUGGUGUUCGGAGGAAUGACCGGAUGGGCUCUUUUCUUGUACAUUUUGAUGGCCACACGGUUUUGGUGGGCAGCACUCAUAUACGGUUUAUGGAUCUAUCUUGACCGGUCUGUAGCUUGGAAUAGCCCGGAUAGAUUUCGCUUCGUGAGAAGAUUGGGCUGGUGGAGACACUUUAAGAACUACUUUCCAGUAUCUCUAGUAAAGACUCACGAUUUGCCAGCUGAUAAAUCGUAUCUAUUUGCCACUUACCCUCACGGUGUGUUGUGUGCUGGAUCGUUUUCCAAUUUUGCGACAGACGCGGGACAAUUUUCAGAACUAUUUCCUGGUCUCACUUCGUAUCUCAUAACUCUCAGUUUACACUUUUGCAUGCCAUUUAGCCGUGAAAUUGGCAUAGGUUUAUGUCUUCAAGAAUCAUCUGAAAAAAGUUUGAUGAAUUUAUUGGAUAAUAAGAAAGGGAACGUCGCUGUUCUUAUGGUAGGAGGUGUUUCCGAAGCGUUCAAGUCUUUUCCAGGGCCGUACCAUCUCAUAUUAAAAAAUAGGAAGGGAUUUAUCCGAGUGGCAUUACAAACUGGGGCGUCUUUAGUGCCUGUGUUUUCUUUUGGUGAGACAAGUGUCUACGGAAUGGGCCAAGCGGAGCCAAAUUCAUUCUGGGAAAAAGUGUUGAAAGUAAUCAAAUGGAAAAGCGGAAAUAAAGUACCAGUAGGACGUGGAUUUUUCCAAUACAGUUUUGGUAUUGUGCCCCGCAGACAUCCAAUUGUUACUGUUGUGGGUAAGCCAAUUGAUGUACCAAAAAUUGCUAAACCAGAAAAAGAAGAUAUUGAAAAGUACCACCAAAUAUUUAUUGACGAGUUGACUCAACUAUUCGAAGAACAUAAAACUAAAUACUCGAAACAUCCCGAUGAAAUGGAGUUGGUAUUGGAUUAA